GCUGAGACUGAAAAAGUGGACGAAGAUGCUAAGGUCACAAAAGAUGAGGGACAAGCAGAGGCUACCAACAUGGACGAAGAUGCAGAUGGAAAGAAGGAGCAAACUGAUGAUGGUGUUUCAGUGGAAGAUACUGUAAUGAAGGAUGUGGAAUCCAAAGACGAUGACAAUGCCAAAGAUGAUGAAAAGCAAGACACCAAAGAGACGGGUAGUACUGAAGCAGACCACAAGAAAGCUGGGAAAGAAUCAGAGGAGGACAUAAAACAUGAAGGUGAAAAGUCAAAUGGAACGAAAGAUGGGAAUACCGAAGACAUCAAAGAGGAAGGAAAGCUGGUAGAUGAAGAAGCGACAGAAACUGUUGAAAAAGUGGAUAAUAUGGAUGAAAAGAAAGAAGUGGAGAAAUGUGAAGGCGCAGAAUGA